AUGGCUCUCAACGGGUCUGGUACCUUUCAUCGCACUCGCGAGCACGAAGGAGAGGAUCGUUCGCAGAUCACGCAAAACAUCUUGGACGAAUCGUGGAAGAAAUGGCCCAACGAAGCCGCUUUUGACCACCUUGAAGAACAUCGCGGUCCCCUCCGCCUCAACCUCAAAGGCUCCAUCCCCUCAUGGGCUGCUGGCGCUCUCUUCCGCACCGGCCCCGGCCAAAGCCGUGUCGAGAACACAAUCCGCGGCACGCACUUUACCACACACUGGUUUGACGGCUUUGCCCAAACGCAUCGCUUCGACAUCGUUGUCCCUGAUGACGGCGGUGAUGUCCAGGUGUGGUACUCUUCCAGACGCCAAGCCGAGUCGUGGGUCGAGAGCGUCAAGAAGAAGGGAUGGCGAGCCGGCAUAACGUUCGGACAAAAGGCAGAUCCCUGUGUGGGCAUCUUUGCCAAGUUCAUGAGCCACUUUGAGCCCAAGUAUGGAAACAACAAUGUCACCGUAUUGCCCAAUAAUGGCCCCGCAAACGGAAACGGGGCUACGCCUCCUGCAGCUCCUCUCGGCCAUCGUGCGAAUCUAUCCAAUGUCUUCACUGCAACCGACUUUGCCGGCAUCCGUCGCAUCGAUCCCACCACCCUCGAGCCCCUCGGCCUCGCUAUGCAGAGCGCCCUCGACCCUCUCCUCAGCGGACCCUGUUCAUGCGCCCACGCCCAGCGCGAUCCUAUAACCGGAGACUUCUUCAACUACAACCUCGACUUUGGUCGAUACCCGACCUACCGCAUCUUCCGAGUCGAUGCAGCCUCGGGUAAGACGGAGAUCCUCGCUACGGUGACGGACCCGAACGUCCCGCCUGCGUAUCUGCACAGCUUCUUUCUCACGGAGAACUAUGUCGUCAUUUGUAUCCCAUCAUCGCACUAUGCGUGGAGUGGACUGAAGAUGUUGUGGAAGAGCAACAUCCUCGAUUCUAUUCUCCCAUUUGACGAGGGCAAGAAAUGCAAGUGGCUCAUUGUUGAUCGACGGCAUGGAAAGGGGCUUGUGGCUACUUUUUCGACGCCUGCUGCCUUCUUCUUCCACUCAGUCAACGCUUUCGAAGAACAUGUCAAAGAUGAAAAUGGCAAGGAGCACACUGAGCUCUGCUUUGACCUGUCCAAGUAUCAAAACAUGGACAUCAUCAAGGGAUUCUACUACGAUGUAAUCCUCGACCGCAACGACGCCACAAAGAAGUACUGGUUUGAGGGCAAGCGAUACGAGAAUUCGUUCCCUAUCUUUACCAGAUACCGCUUCAGAAUGCCUACAGGGGGGGCGGACAUGACAUUUUCGGCCACGGCGAAGGAGGACCUCUGCAUCCCAACGCCCCACGCCGGCGAGCUCUCAACCAUCCAUCCUCUCCGUUUGGGGAAGCCUUAUCGCUUUGUCUACGGUGCGACUCUGCGUGGCCUCGGCACCAUUGUUGAUGCGCUGGUCAAGACGGAUGUGACUACAAGGGAGGCGCUGAUCUGGAGUGGACCAGAAGGGCAUACACCAGGAGAACCUGUUUUUGUUCCACGGCCUGGGGCAGAGGAUGAGGAUGAUGGCGUAGUUCUAAGCGUGGUUGUUGAUGGCGUUACAGAGACCACCUAUCUCUUGUGCUUGGAUGGUAAGACGAUGGAGGAGCUGGGGAGAGCCGAGGCAGACUUUGCCAUCGGGAUGGGAUUCCAUGGCGUUCAUAUUCCAGUUGCACAGUGA